CGGACGCCACUUAGCCUCGGCUCCCUCCCCGCCGCGCGCACGUGCCGCCGAAAGAGAGCCGCAUCUCGCGGGCGGGGCCAGAGCGCGCCGGAGCUCCAGAGGGACCGCGCCGGGCUGGAGAGACGCCGCCGCCGCCCGCCCGGCACUGCGGCGCCGGCAGCAGCAGCAGCAGCCGGCAUGUAAAGAGACCCCCCCAAACCAACAGGCACCCCUCGAUCACGCCGGGACCCCGGUUGGCCAGGCCCUGCCCGCGGAGCCGAGCCCCGGCCGGCGAUGGGCUCGCGGCUGGGGCGGCAGAGCAGCCUGGAGGAAGAGGCGGCGGCUGCAGAGGAGCCGCCCCGGCCCAAGAAAAAGCAGGAAAAGCAGGGCUGCCGGGGCCCGAAGGAGCCCCCGCUGCCGCGGCGCCGCCCGGGCUUCCCGCUGGCCUCGCGGCUGCUGAGCUCCGAGAAGCUGCCGGGGGUGCUGCGGAAGAGCAGCCCGGCGCCCCCCUAUGUUCGCCGGGUGGGCUGGAUCCGCGACAUCCAGGCGGCCCUCCGCCAGCGCCGCCGCGACCAGGCGACGCGCGCACUCCGCCUUCUCCGCAAGGACCUUGGUUUAGAAGGGACAUUCCUCAGUGAAGUUCUCUACAAGAACGCAGCCUUCCUCAACCUUGUGGAUCCCAUCUCCCACGAUCUCCUGAUGAGCCUUGCCCGAGACCUUCAGUGCCCCAAAAAGGAAUACGACCCCUGGAAGUCCUCAGACCGGAUCUGCCGGCAGCUGAUUUACCACUUGACUCCUCAUUCCAAGUGGCACCGGCAAGGCCUGCCCCGGCGGAGGUCCCAGGCCAGUCUGAAAAACAGUUUGCAAAAGAAGCUGAGCCCGGACACGAUGGAUCUGUCAGGGAUUCCCCUUUCCAUGAGAGACAUCCACCGCCUGGCUUACUACCUGCAAAACAAAGGUCAGGACUUGAGCACUGUGGACCUGAGCUUCACCGACCUGACGGACGAAAUGAUGCACCUCUUGUUGCCUUUCCUGUGGCCACUGCCCAAUCUCACUCACCUCUCCCUCAACGGGAACCGCCUGACCCGCGCCACUGUGAAGGACCUCACCGACGCCAUGAAGGAGGCGAGCAAGUUCCCUUCCUUGGCGUGGAUUGACCUCGGCAACAACGUGGAUAUCUCGUCCAUGCCCCAGCCGCUGCUCGUGGGCUUGCGGAAGCGCCUGGGCCAGCACACCACGCUGCCCACCAUUUACGAGGUCCUCGACUGUGAGGCCGAACUCUCCAGCGGAGGAGAGGCCAGCCAGACGGAGGAAGAGGAAGGGGCGACGCCUGGAAGCAAGUCCCACGACUUCCCUCCGCAGUCCUGCGAAAGGUGAUUGGGCGUGUGAGGCCUUCUCUGCAAGAUUGAAGCCCUGGCAGCGAGAGUCCUGACCGCAAGAGGUCCUCUUGCCUUUAGCCGCAACCCUGCCCAGCUUGGAAAAUUUCCAGCCAGGGCCCGUUGCUGCCGUCUGCUCCCCAGAGCAGCUUCCUCCUAACCACUGUUUGCAUUACAGAGACACGCCCCCCCCUCAACUGGGACUAGUCACUUACCGUGGCCAUGAAUGCAGACCUAGGAAGAGCGAGCCAUCAGGAGGCAGUGGGCAAGGUAGAUAACUUAAAAUGAGCAGCACCACAAGUUGUUGGGACAAAGCAGCAGCUCCUGCCCCCUCCCUCAGCUUGCAGGUGGGGGCCUGUACCCCCAAGUGGUGGUGGGAUGGAGGCUGCAUCUAAAAGCUGAGCGGCCAUGGCUUGCAGACCUUAGAGAGGAGAGGCGGUGGCACUGCUGCAAGCCUGGUAUUUUGUUUUGGUUUUUUUUUUGUUCCAGUCUCCAGACAAAAGGGCAAUGGAAUGCAACGUUCUACAGAGUGUGCAAGCCAAGGACAUGUGACUGUUGCAGCGUCAGGAUAUUUCAAGGCUAGGAAUAUGUGGGGUAGGGGACUGUGAGUUGUAGCAAAGGCAGAGAAGAUGUCCCUUUGCAGAUUCAGUUAUGGACCAAACUGGAGCAGGGGGAGGAGUCUGAUGGGAGCAUCUCUGCUGCAUGGGCUGUUUGAGAUGGAGAUACAAAUGUGCAUGUAUUUUUUUAAAAAACAAAAACAACAUGCAAAAGUUCUGCAUCGCUUGCUGCUUGUAAAGGAUCACCUGACAAUUUUCGAAGCAGUGUUGACAAGGCCCCGCUUCCGAUGCCAGCAAGGAAACUGAAGGGAGAGUUGGAAAACCUCCCCUGUGCAUUUUUCAGUGUUGACCAUUGCUGUAUGUGGCGAAUGAUAAUAAAUGGUCUUCUUGGAAUAA